UUUCUUUCGCUCGCCGAGAAGCGAGACAGGGCCCUCUCGUCGAGGUCUCGAUCGCGCGAUCGAUGUCUGCCCUCUCGAAGGUGCUCGAAGGCAAGCAGUGGCGUCGGUCGACUUUCGUCGGGACUUGUUUGGUCACCCCCGUGGGGGGACGGAAUGACGGACGGGUGACGGCAUGACGCAUCUCGCGUAACGACAUCACGCAAUCCGCUCCGGACUCCGGCUUCACGAAAAUAAUUUCGGCGCUCCUCGCCGCGGUAUUUCGUACGGUGUUCCUCAUCGUCGGUGCUCGCGAGACCUGAUCCCGUUCCUCGCGCAUCCUGUCCUGUCACCUGUAUGGCCCUGUGACACCCAGCUCUGCGCGGUCGCGACCCGAAGAUGGCCCGGGACGCAGGCGUCGUCUACCUGCUGAUCGUGAUCGCGCACCUGUGCUCGUGCGCGCGUUACGGCAGUUAUGAUUACAAUCAUUACGUCGAAUAUAGCCUCGAGAACGAAAAGAUAUGCCAUGUCCUGAACAAGAAGCACAUGCUCGACAUGCAACACGGUGCCGCGGCGAUCGUCAUGCCGCAUCACAUGUUCGAUCACUGGGUCGUCAAGGCCAAUCGCAAUUGUACGUUCGUUUUCCGGACUGGCAAAAACGAGGGCCUCUUCGCAGUUGUUCAGAAGAUGUUUCUUCGUCGCGACGGCGAUCGGUGUGUUGAUUACAUACGGUUCAAGAGGAGCGAUGGUUUUUACACAAGCAAGUUCUGUGGAGAGAUAGACCGCAGCCAGACAAUGUACCUUCCGGUUCCUGAGCCUGAAGACAAUUUGGGUAACAUAAAUGAUAGCCGGUCACCUAAUUAUGACAUAUAUGCGGAAUACGAUCCUGUUAAAAAAUCGAAACUGUGGUCUAUUCGAUCGGACUCUGCUAUGAUAGAAACCGAAAUAUUCAUUUCCAAGGAAAGAGUACCAGAUGGACAGUCCCUGGAUCUUACAAUAGUUUAUACUCCAUACAUGAAGUGCGAUCAAGCAAAUUCCGAGCACUACCAGGCGGUCGGAUACAACAACUGUAUUCGGAAGGAGUACAUAUGCGACAAGAUUUACAAUUGUCCUUUUAGUAUAUGCUCGGAUGAGGUAAAUUGCGUGGUCAAUGAUCGAUAUCCCAAGGACAAUACUGCCACAAAAGUCACUGUAGGAGCAGUCACCACCAUGAUCCUCUGCUUCAUCAUCUUCAUUUUGUGUCUAUGGGUCUGUAAGAAAUCACAAAAGUUGUGCUGGUCGUCGGAUUGCGCCGGUCCGAACGUGUGCUCACGGCCGGUUUCCUUGCCGGACGCAGACGGAGGUCAGGGAUCUAAUCGCGCAGUGCCAACGGCCCCCAUGUUGGAAGUCGCGAUGUCCUCGCCUGUCGUGGACAAAGAUUUACCACCCAGUUAUGACUCGUUGUUUCCCGAACAAAGUAAUCCUGCC